AUGGCAGAAAACAGUUUGGAAGCUGAAAUUGAUCUGUUAAAAGCAUCUAUAAAGAAUCUUGAGAGAAAAAAUUUAAUACUCACACGCGAGAAUAGUGAACUGAAAAAGAAGGUUGAAGAUAGUGAGUUAUCUGUUCAACAGGAAAUUGGACGAACUAGUUCAAAAAUCCUACAACUAGAACAGUCCUUAAUAACAUCUGGAAGAAAACAUAAAGAGGAACUUGCUAGCCAAAACCUUGGUAAGGAAUUGGUGGAACAACAAAUAAUUCAACUUAAUAAAGAGGCUGAGGAUCUAGUCAACACUAAAAAUAACCUGAAACUGCUACUAUUGAAUGCUGAAAAGGAGAAGGAGAUUCUGGAGCAGAGAAUACAUGAUUUAGAAGAAAAGAAAAAAUCUUUCGAAGGGAUGAAAGAUAGGAAUUACAGUGUCAAAGUAGUAAAUGAUGAAAGGAUAGUUUAUGAACAAAAAAAAUACAUUAUAGAAUCCAGACAUGAUAAAAUGAAGCAAGAAUUUGAAGGGAACUAG